AAAGAACGUUUCCGCUGAUCCAACUAGUGUAUGUUUGAGCCUCAAAGCGAAUCACGAUGAUUAAGCUGUUCCUUAUUACGUUGCUUUGCGUGGCGAUGUUCGCCGAUUCCCAAGAAGACCAAAUGAAUGACAUGGGAACAGGACUAAGGAAAGUAAGGGCUGAUAUGGCUGAACAUGCUAUGGGUCAAGGUAGUUCUUUAUUAAUGCAACGUGUAGCACAAAAUGGACCACAGGGAGGACGACCACCACAGGGAGGACCACCACAGGGUGGACCACCACCAGGAAGAGGAUCGGGAAAUGGACAACAGGGAGGAUUAAUACAGGGAGGAGGACUACAGGGAGGACCACCGAAUAGACCACCAUCGGGAAAUGGAGGACCACAGGGAGGAUUAAUACAGGGAGGAGGACUGCAGGGAGAAGGACGAGAUUAGGGACGGGAUGAGUUCGGGGAUAUUGUGUGACGGGGAGAGGAAAGAAACAGAUUAGGACCGAAUAAU